UUUUAGGAGUAUAUAUGUAAUAAUAACGCGAUAUAAUUUUAAAGUAGUAUCAGGGGAGUCGUCGGUCGGGUGUAUGCCUGCACACUACAAUCGAAUGUAGUGAAUGAAUGCACAACUCCCUCUCUUAGUAUAAGGCCACAGUUUCCACUGCACACACUCACUCACUCACUCACUCACUCACUCACACACACACACGCGCACGCAGACAUGGAAGCCAUGGAGAUCAUAGACGAUCCCCCCAUGUCGCGAACAUCUAGUCGGAAACGGGCCAAAGACAAGUUCAAACGUGCCGUAACUAAACUCUCGGAUCGUGCUGAACGUACCGAGUCGUACUCAGAGAGUGAUACAGUGUCCACGCUGAGUUCACUAUCUAGCACCCUCGCCGCCACUAGAGUGAACUCGAAUUCGCGACGCUUUCAUAGAAGGAAGCUCACGUCCGCAUUCGGUGCGGCUGGUAGGUUUUCGAUGAACGGCGAGAAUCAGGGCCAUGCACGCCCGUCAUUCUUCAAUCGCGGUAUAGGGCAGGGCUAUGCAGCCUCAGAGAUAGAUGAACCACAAGUAGUUACACAGAGGACCUUGAAUGUGGACCCGGAUAUCAUAGCCGUGCGAGAGGCGAUUAUAGCGCUGUUUCAGAAACAGGCCAGACCGGAGCAACACAUGAACAUCAACAAUUCAUCGUCGUUGACGGGAAAUGCGUCGUCUGGGCUCAAGGUACAUCCCGUGGAGGAUGAGAUGCGCCGUGCAAGCAGUGGGGCCAAGGUGCUAGCAACUACGAAUGCACUAGAUAAUGUGGCAGCGAUGAACGAACGAUUGACGCGAUUAGAGGGCAAAUACGACCUGGUGUGUCUGGUGGAGUGUUUGCACCAGAUGUUUAUGCGAGGAAUGAUUGUUCUCAGACAGCAGCUGAAAGACACGUCGGGGCUGGAGUUUAUUCUGUCCUUUAGGUCCAUCUGGGUGUGGUUCUACACGCACACGUUGAACGAUAUAGCGGCCAUGUUCUGCACAUCUCAGAAUAUCAUCAGUCCAUACAUACGGCCCAUGGCUCUGUCUGAAUUCCGCGACCAUAUCCUGGUCAAUCGCCACAUAAGGCCACAGUUGGAGGAGCAGAUCAAAACGGGGCCAGAUUUCAUCCCGGGAGAAGUGUCCCAGAUGCUGCUCAUUCUUUUAUCCCGGACCUAUCUAGAACCCGCAGAAUCACGGGCGGCUGUGCGUGAGCUGCUACGUCUUUUGGUGGAGAAUGUGGACGAGGGGGGUGUGGAUGAGCUCGAAUUGGCUAUACAUGCAACAAAUGCAUUGGAACUACACAGUCCAGGCAGUGAUGUAUCGCGGCAGUCCAGCGGGCUGGCAGGCUCUGGGACAUCGCCUGCGCAACGGGUGAAUUCGGGGGUAGCGGAUCGCGAUCUGAAUACGGGCACAUUGGCUGAUGGUAAUCCGGAUGCGUGGGUGUUUACGUUCAGCGAUCGCGACGAAGAUAGGGUGCCGCUGGAGACCGAGUCGUGUGCGGAAAGUUUGGUACAAGGCGACGGGUUUUCGAAUGUCCCGGAGGACGUGAUUAUGAUACUUCAGCGGGAUGGUCCCACCGCAGAGAACAAGCGCAAGGACCUCCAAGAUGCUGAUUUAAAACUAGCCAGUCUCGUACUCAACGGGAACAUGGCGGUGGAACGAACCAUGUCUACACCGGUACAGUCUCCUAGAAAGCUCACGCCUGCCUUCCCCUUCCCGUCCACAAACAGUAAGUCCCCCCCGGUCAUUGGGGCUGGGUAUAUCAAGCCCAGUGUGUUUCCGCAGCGGCAGUGUUCACAUAAGGGCACGAGAGAUACAGCCACAGGUCUGGCUAUACAGCGGGCAUUGUCUGCCAACAUCGCAUCCUCUCAGAUCCACAGCUGCGAAGGAGGGGAGGGUGUCACCACGUCGCACCUGCCCUCGUUAAAGUCGGUGCAGGGCCCAAUUGGUCCUGUCAAUCUUCGCAGGGGGCACAUAGAGCCGGCAGAUGCGCACAGGAAUUUUGUCGAUCUGGACAAGAUGAACCGGAGUAGAUCUAAUUCCGUGUUGGAGGCAGGCACUCGGUUUCUGCGGCUGAGGAAGGGGUCUGCCAGUUCCAAGUCGAGCAGUGAGAAGGUCAAGGCCACAAGGGAAGUGUCUCUGGAAGAUCCGAGGAACACACGGGAGGGAUCCCGUUUCUGUAGUGCUACCACGAGUGCUUUCCAGCGAAGCAACACCACUAAGAACAACUUGAGUGAAAACGAUAUGCUGAGCUACGAUAGGGUGGACAGGAAUGGCCGUCAGGCGCCGCGGGGGAGCGAUAGUGAUGUGUUGUGCGAAGCGAAAAACGAGGAUAUCGUCGGCGAUCUCAUGGGAAAUAUAAACGGCCGAAGGAGUAUUGAAACUCUGGAAAAGUAUAGGCAGCCUACACUCGCGGACGUACUGGGCAAAAAGGGUAAGUCUGAGGAGGGAACCGAAGGACAAGGUGCGUUUAGGGCGUCAUUCACCUCCGCUGUCACACAAACUGAUGACCCUGGCCAUGUGGGAAAAGCUAUGCUUGCGGAGGAGUGUGUCAGCACGUAGGCAUGAGAAGCUGACGCCAUCACUAGCUGCAUUCUUCUGGUCGAGGAUGGCGGGAUACAGUCUAAUAGGAUCAAACCACCUCUAAUACUACGAAUAAUGACAAUUAAAACUGAAAGGCAGCGUACUCGAGAAUCGCGUACUUUGGCUACUUGAGGUAACCCUACAUCUACUACUGCUGCAAUGUGCGGCCAGUAGUUGGGCAAACUCUCACUGGGAAUAAACCCUACACAUUUUUGAGUCUGCCAUUGUUUCAUUGGGAACUCGGCGUCGACACGUUGAUCAGAUGAAAGAUGAAUAUCUGGGUAUUGGCAGUCUUCAAUAUGCUCUGAAUGAGUCAGUACAGGCAAGUAGCGAUGUCCACUGAAAAUGAAUCGAAUGAAAGUGACCGUACAGCGAUAGCCUUGGUUGUCAGGGAUAUGUCGGUACAAGCUUUUUAUGUGAAGCUGACAACAGUACAAUCAAUCUACAUCGCAGCCGAGGGUAGCGAAUCAGGGCCCAGUAAAUACAAAGAUAAUAACAACGAUACGAUUAUACGCAGAACGUAGUAAAUACAAAGAUAAUAACAC